UUGGACCCGGAAGUGUCAGUCUCGUGUCAUGUGAUCAUUCUUUUUGGCAACCUGCCUGAGUAGCUAUGUGAAAAUAAGGGUGGACUUUAGAGGAAGGGGUUCCGAACAAGCUCGCAUUGCUGCUGAAGCUCUGGUCCAAGAUGCAGAACGUCAUAAACACGGUGAAGGGAACCGCGCUGGGAGUGGCCGAGUUCCUCACGCCCGUGUUAAAGGAAUCUAAAUUCAAAGAGACUGGAGUCAUCACCCCAGAGGAGUUUGUAGCAGCUGGAGAUCACCUGGUUCAUCACUGUCCCACAUGGAAGUGGGCCUCUGGGGAAGAAGCAAAGGUGAAGCCAUAUUUGCCACAGGACAAACAGUUUCUGUUGACCCGGAAUGUUCCGUGCUACAAGCGCUGCAAACAGAUGGAGUAUUCAGAUGAGCUGGAAGCCAUCAUAGAGGAGGAUGAUGGAGACGGCGGCUGGGUGGACACCUACCACAACUCGGCAGGUGUGUUAGGCGUCACAGAUGCAGUACGAGAGAUUUCUCUGGACAACAAUAAGGACAAGAACAUGAACGCCACGUCUGCACUGUGUUGCGAUGGCGACGAAGAGGAGGAUGAAGACGGAGAAGCAGCGGAUAUGGAAGAAUACGAGGAGAGCGGGUUGUUGGAAACAGACGAGGCCACGCUGGACACCAGCAAGAUGGUGGAAACCAAACCCAAAGUAGAACCCGGCAGUGAGGAUGCCAUCCUCCAAACCAGAACCUACGACCUCUACAUCACCUACGACAAAUACUACCAGACGCCUCGACUCUGGCUCUUUGGAUAUGAUGAAGACAGGCAGCCGCUGACUGUGGAGCAGAUGUACGAGGACAUCAGCCAGGACCAUGUGAAGAAGACGGUCACCAUUGAUAACCACCCCCACCUGCCUCCACCCGCCAUGUGCUCUGUUCAUCCGUGCAGACAUGCUGAAGUGAUGAAAAAGAUUAUCGAGACGGUGGCUGAAGGAGGUGGAGAGCUGGGCGUGCAUAUGUAUCUUCUGAUUUUCCUAAAGUUUGUCCAGGCUGUCAUUCCCACGAUAGAAUAUGACUACACAAGACACUUUACAAUGUAGUUCCAACUGCGUAGAAGUGCUUCAGCUAACAGUAUCUCUGGUCUGCUUGGUCUCAACACAUCUAUACAACCGGUUUAUGUUACUUUGAUGCUCUGUGGACAUAGGUGUAUUAAGCCACGUGAUGACUCAUUUAUUGUACAAUUUGCUUGCUUUCGGUGAGAACCCGAUGUGAUGAAAGUCAGCAUCUGCACAAUCCUGUCCAGAUGCUUUUGAUGGUUUCCAUCAGCUGUUCAACUGUACCGCUCGCAUUCUGACAACUUUAAACUAAUCAUUCCUCACUGCUUUAGAUGUACGAGUCAGGUUCUAAAAAAUAAAUGAAGUCCAGCUGAAUAAAUCCUUUUGUGGUGUGCUUGUGAA